GGCCCUUUACUGUUUGCCGAGGCAGUUUUGCGGUUAGGGCAAGCGUUGUGCGAUUCGCUGGGAGAGGUGGGAUCGCGGCGCGCGCAGCGAUGUUUUCCAGGGGGAAUUUAUUGGGGAGCGGGGGAAGUGCCGACGGAUACGAGGUUGCAGCAGCAAAGAGGCAGCGCUUGCUAGACACUGCAGGCUCUUACUUUGGAAGCUCGCCUCAUGCCACUGCUGCUCAUGCGAGCUUCAUGUACGGGGGCCCCGGAUUUUCCUUCCUGGGCCAGCCGCGACCAUUCCCAGUUGUCCGACUGCGAGGACUCCCGUUUAACUGCUCAGAGAGUGACGUAUUCGAAUUCUUUGCAGGCCUGGAUGUGGUGGAUGUGCUGCUCGUCCGGAAACAGGGAAGGUUCUCCGGCGAGGCCUUUGUGGUGCUGGGAGCUCCCAUGCAAGUCGACUUUGCUCUCCAGCGGAACAGGCAGAAUAUGGGACGGAGGUACGUAGAGGUCUUCCGGAGCAAGAAGCAGGACUACUACAGUGCCGUGGCCACGGAAGUUAACGAUCCCAGGUCCGGUGAUGUCUUGGCAACGCUCGCUUCUUCGGCCGCUGGAGGUGGAGGUGGCGGUGGCGGUGGUGGUGGUGGUGGUGGUGGUGGCAGCGGGAAGAACAGCUUGUGUGACAAGGAUCUGGCCGAGCACACGGGGGUGCUCAAGCUGCGGGGGCUGCCAUUCUCGGCGUCCAAGCGGGAUAUAGUGGAGUUUUUCCGGGAGUUUGGGCUCAAGGAGGACAGCGUGCAGAUUGUAGUUCACUCGGAUGGCCGGGCGACCGGGGAGGCGUACGUGUUUUUCUUGGGACCGGGGGACUCCAAGGCGGCCAUGAACAAGGACAAGAUGACACUGGGGAAUAGAUAUGUGGAGCUCUUCCCGUCUUCUCGAGAGGAGGCCAACAGAGCUGCGUCCAAGUCGAGAUAGCUGGCGCUACUUGUAUUAUCAACCAACGCUUUUCGAGCAGGAGCAAUGCACAGACGUAACAACAACGAUGACAACGACGACGAAGACGACUUCUUUCUUCAUCUCAACUCUGGGGAAAGUAAGGAAAAAAUACUGUACUCUUUUUUUCUUCCUCUCUCUUUCUCUCUAACACUUGGGGGGAUUCUUUUAUACUAGCUAACAUCUAGGUGGUGGCCGUGUACGUCUGGGCCAUUGUUACUACAUUUCCACCAUGAACAAAGAUUUUUCUUAAGAAACAUAAAACUCUCCGGUAUCUCUGGUACUUGGUAUUUUUUCCGAUUGAACUUGCUGGUACUGAUCCAUCUCCUGAAAGUUUUUCACAGACAGAGACACGGAGAAAAACGAAGAAAGCAAAAGACCCGGAGUACCCGGAUAAGCUUGACAUUACCUGAGAGAGAGAACUCGGUACAGACAGCAGUUCUAGGACCGACCACCUCAAGGAGCAAGGAGCAAAGGAAAGAAGCUUUUAGAGCACGACUCUAUGGAUCCGAGACCGACUAAAAGAGAGAAGCAGCAGCAGCAGCAGCAGCAGCAGUAGAAGCAGUAGCAGGAGAAGAAACAGCAGCAGCAGGGGCAGCAGUGGCAGUGUUGAUGCUGAGAGAAGAGGCAGCGAGGCCGAGAUACUGGAGCCUGUAGCUUAAGUUGUGGGCAUUCAUUCUCAGCUCACGGUUGUGCAGCAUCAACUCGCGAUACUCGUUCACAGCCAGGCUUACCUUGUACCUGAGGAGCCCGUUUUGCUGGCGGAGAUGCUCGAGGAGCCGCGUUGUCUCCUCGAGCUGGAUUUGCUUCUUGAGGCGCGAGCGCUUGGCCGACUCGCGGUUGGAUUGCAUCCGCUUCUCCUUUCGCAGCUUCGUCAGAUUCUCUUCCUCGUCCUCUUCAUUGCCACUCUGGUCUUGGAUCAGGAAGUCUGGUAAGGAAACAGAGUCUCUGUGAAGUUAUGGCUUUGCAUUUCGAGGUACUUACGUUGCUCCAAAGCUCCAGGAACUUUGGAAGGUUUGAAGAGAACUUACCUUCGACUUCUAGGUGAUGUUCUGGCAUGGUGACUCCUGAGAGAUCAUCGACCUGAGGUACAAAGACAAAACUUGGAAUCUCACCUUUGAAAUCACAGGCGAUUCCUCCGGACGAGUCACUCGAGAA